AAGGAUUGGAAGUGAAGGCUCACCUCUGUCACCUGGAGGACGAAGUUGAAGUGAGAAGUGUUUGAAGUUCGGUUUCGUUUUAUUGUGAUUCGUCAAAAUGCUCAGAAUUCCCGCGCUCGUCCUGCUGUUGGCGGUGUCUGUCUAUGGAGGCCGAAGCUGCUGGGAUCGCCGCGAACACAGGAAUAUUCGCGAGUUGGUGCGCAGCGUGACGUGCAUGGACCGGCCGCGCAAGACACUCGUCCCUCUGCCCGUCCCGAAGGGCUUCGACUGGGUGUACCCGAGCGUGGUGGAAGUGCCCAGGUGCGCCGGCCAGAUGUGCAUUCAGCUGGACCAGGAAUGCGUUGCCACAGAGACCAGGAACAUGACGAUCACGGUCAAUGCCCACAGACUGAACUCGCUGAUGGAGCAUGAAUGCGUCACCCUCACCGUGCAGGAAGACGUCAGCUGUGGCUGCAAUUGCGAGAGGUCCCAGGACAGCUGCGGCGCGCAUGAGGCGUUCAACAGCAACUUCUGCCGCUGCGAGUGCAAGCAAGGGCUGAAGAACGAGUGCAAGGAGAAGAUGGACAAGAUGCCGGGCCUCUUCAUGUGGGACGAGAGCUCUUGCACUUGCCCUUGCAACAACCAGCACGUCAAGUGUGGCGACGGCCAGGUGUUCGUGCAAUCAACGUGCAAAUGCCUUUACGUGAUGGAGUCUUAAAACGAAAGAGAAGCGACGAGAGAGAAUAAUCGGUAGAGAAUUAAAAUGCGAGACAAAGUGCGAGGAGGAGAGGGAGAAGGAGAAAGAGAAAAGGGAGAGGAAAGGAAUGAUAAUGCUAAUAAAAAUGAUAGAAAAGAAGUAGAAGGAAGAAGCGUAGAUGGCGAAACACGUCACGAAAGGCGGGACAGCACGGAAGGAAAGGAGAAAUGAAAGAAAGGGAGAAAGGGAGAGAGGCGGAGGAGGAAACAGAGGCAGCCGAAUCAGAUGUGUCUUCCAAAGGAAUUAUCUGUUCGAUAUUCAAUAUAUUUAUGUUAUCUGCACUCACUUUUGUACUCUGUUAUUCACCGAAUAAAGGAAGCUGAGUCUGAGCAGGAA